AUGGAGAGGUCCUACAAGUUCAUGGUGAAGCAUGUGCAAUUAUGGAAGGUGGCCUUUCACAGCACCUCUCCUCGAUGGGUUCAUAACUUGUAUCUUGCUGCCAUCGCAGCCUUCCACGCCAAGAAGAUGGAGGCCGGUCUGAAGAAGUACAAGCCUGAUAUCAUCAUCGGCGUCCAUCCUCUCAUGCAGCACAUUCCUUUGUGGGUGCUGAAAUGGCAGAACCUUCAGAAAAGAGUUAUUUUUGAGACUGUCAUCACUGACCUCGGCACCUGCCACCCUACAUGGUUCCACACCGGAGGAAGUAUCAAAGAGGGCUUCAGCGGAUGGCCUAGAGCCUUCACGGAUCCGUGUGUUCGGUUUGCCCAUCAGACCUUCCUUCUGUCGAGCAGUCUUAGUCAAGAUGCCUAUAUCACCUUACAGGAUGAACUGAGGAAAGAGCUGGAGAUGGAUCCUCAACUUCCUGCGGUCUUGCUCAUGGGAGGAGGUGAGGGAAUGAUGGGGAUAGAUUCUCUGUUCUUGUUCUAA